AUGAGCGCUGGAGAUCUGCAGCUUCCCCCUGGAUUCAGAUUCCAUCCGACCGACGAUGAGUUGGUGAUGCACUACCUGUGCCGCAAGUGCACCGGCCAGUCCAUCACCGUGCCGAUCAUCGCAGAGAUCGAUCUGUACAAGUACAACCCAUGGGAUUUGCCGGGUAAGCCCUCCCCCUCCCUUCCGAUUUCUCUCCGACGCCCCCAGUUGACCAAAAUUUCCCCCUCCCAUUCCCCUUCCCCUUCCCCUUUCACCGUUGGAAGAAAUCGUGCAUAUAGAACCUAUUUCUGAUUCUAUUGCUCCAGCCGAAUGAACAGAUAUUUAAUCUGGUGAAUUCGGGAUAUUUACUUCUGCAAUUUUCUCAUUUUGUCCAUAUUUUUCAUAUUAUCUGCACGGAUUAAUUAAUCUUUCGACGGCCAAAAAGGAGGUGAAUGAAUUCAUGCGAAGAUCUCCGAUUAGUUGGAAGAUGUAUCGUGUUUCACUUUUUUUUACGAAACUCGAGCUUCGUGCGCGCAAACGUCUGGUCCUGAUGAAGAUUUUGCUCUGAAUUUCUUGAACAGGGAUGGCGCUCUACGGUGAGAAGGAGUGGUACUUCUUCUCCCCCAGGGACCGCAAGUAUCCCAACGGCUCGAGGCCCAACCGAGCCGCUGGGACGGGUUACUGGAAGGCGACCGGCGCCGACAAGCCCAUCGGCAUCCCCAAGCCCCUGGCCAUUAAGAAGGCCCUCGUCUUCUACGCUGGGAAGGCCCCCAAGGGCGAGAAGACCAACUGGAUCAUGCACGAGUACCGCCUCGCCGACGUCGACCGCACCGCCCGCAAGAAGAACAGCUUAAGGGUAGGUUCCUUCUCUCUCUCUCUCCCCCCCUCCUUCUCUCUCAUUCUCGCCUCGAUCUGGGUUUACUGAUUUCUUCUACUUGCGUGUUGGUGUGCAGUUGGACGAUUGGGUGCUGUGCAGGAUCUACAACAAGAAGGGCGGCGCGGAUAAGCAGAUGAACGCUGACCGCAGGGCGGCGGCGGCGGCCUCUAGAGGCCCGCUUCUGCUUCCAAAGCCGGAGCUGGAGGGGACGGCGGCGCCGCUGCAGCAGCCGGCGUCUGAGUUCCUCUACUUCGACUCGGACUCCAUGCCGAGGCUGCACGCCGACUCGAGCUCCGAGCACGUGCUGUCCUCCUCGCCGGACUUCGCCUACGAGAGGGAGGUGCAGAGCCAGCCAAGGUGGACGGAGUGGAACCGGCCCUCCUCCCUCGACAUCCCUUUCAGCAACGCCGACGCCAUGGCCGCCGCCGUCGCCGGCGGCGGGGGAUUCUCCUCGUUGGACGGAGGGCUUCUAGGGACGCUCGGGCAGUUCUCCCCUCUCUUUCAGGACCCAAUGCAGGACGUGUUCAAGUACCUGCACAAGCCCUUCUAA